ACAUGUCGACGUCGAGUGCGACUCUGGUACGUUCUUGUGCUUCGACGACGUGCAUACAAACACAUCAAACGGGAUUUUGGGUCGGUAAGAGCCGAGCCCUUGAUGGGAGGGUAUUGGAGAACUGGAGGGUCGAGGAAACACGAAAUUGUGACGAUUCUCGGUCGGCCAGUUUAGGAGGAUCUAAAAUGACGCGGUACUGGCGGGAUUCGAAUGCUCGAAGCCAGUGGAAUCGAAGGGGGAUGGGAGCCUGGAACAUGGUCCGGGAUGCGGUGGGAAAUGGAAGACGAUUUGAUAUCGCUUUCCCAACUGGGUCAACGUGAUCAUCAUGCACACUUGUCUCGGGGGCUGGCUAUUAAACGCGCGAGCAGCCGAGGAACAGCGAGACUCGAUACGUGCGAGAGAAUUCGCAUUACGUUACGAACCGACAAUUCAGAGAGGCAGAAUUUCACAUGAGUUUCUGCGAAGGCUCAAAAAAACAAAACGAAAUGGCCACUUUUUAUUUUCCGAUGAAAAAAGUCAUUUAAAGUAAUCCGAGAAGGUUUUGUACUUUUGAAAAAUGAAAUUUCGUCGAGAAUGUGUCAAAAAAUUAUUUAUUCCGUAUCAAGUGGAGGACUGCUUAAUUUUACGCUUAAUUUUACUCUCAACUGCUUAAUUUUACGCGCAGUUUUGGUUUUUCGGUUUUUUUUUUUCGAUUCUCUGAAUUGAAAGUUGAAUAUUACAUUGAAAAAAUGUGAAGAAAUAAAAUUUCGGUUUUUGCACGUGCAUUCUACUUUCUAAUAAAAAUAUUUUAAUGUAAUUAUGAUAAAGAAUUACAAUGAUUAAAAAUUACGAUGAAUUAUGAUCGAAGCGACGUUCCGAUAAUCUAAUGUUUUUCUACUGUUUUUGAAAAACCGAUCUAC